UGGACUGCUGGGCGAAGGAACCGGCGGAUCGCUCGUUAUGUGCGGGAGCUUCUCUGCUCUGGCACUCCGGACGCUCUAGAAUUUCAGGAGGAACUGCGCACUUCUCGAGCAUCUCCUAAGAUCCUCAGCCUGCAGGUCCCCGUCUCUGGCUCUUUGUCUGUGGAUGGAAGGUGACGCCUCCAGGAAAGACAGAUUCCAUCGCUGGUGCCAUCAGCCACAGGGCAGGCGUUGCGUGGGUGCUUGGCACGGUGCGUGGGUGCACCUGCUCAUUAGGUUAGCAAGGGAUGUCUCACAUCAGAAAAGAAAAGCAAUCCUCACUCCUCCAAUGAGUAUAUCUACUCAGAAUGAGCUGCUCUUAAAGGAGGUGAAAACCAAAUUUGGAACAUUGAAACAAAUGCUGUAAAAUGGCAAAGUGAGCCUGACUAUUUCCUUGCUUGGACUCUUUUCAGAGAGUAAUUAUUGCCCCAAAAUGAGUUCACCUUUGGUACCAAGCAAGUCAUGCUGUGAUGAACAGCAGGGCAACAGCAACGAAGACCAAAAUGACAAUGAAAGUGGGACAGCAAUUGAUGACAGCAAUGCCAACAAAAUAUUUUCCACUGUAAGGACCCAUGACCAGGUUGAGGUAAAUAGUGGUGAAGAGGAAACAAGUGCUUUACAAUCUUGGCAAACAGAAAACCUUCCACAGUCACAGAAGGAGCACAGUUUAGGACUGCAUUAUGGUCAAGGACCUCGGUCUUGUGGCCAAGCUUUAGGCGAACCAAGGCAACAUUCACCAACUAAUAGACAUUUAAGCAAAAGCUGCAUGACGGAUGAUGCCAAGGACAGUCUAAAGUUCUCUUCUACUCAUGGACUAGCUCAGAUACACUCAAAGACCAGCACCCAAGACAGAAGCUCACUAAUACCCAUAAAUAAAGUUAGUGAUCCUUCCUUUAUUAGUUAUACUAAUAAUGUUGGUACCAUAUCACCAAAUGAACGUUUCAAAGGAUUUUCAUUAGCAAAAUCAGGUAUAUAUUCAACAAAAUCAGAACCUUUUGUAAAAGACCGUAUUUUACUUACUCCACCUAUGGACUCACCUUCUAAGUAUUUACAAUGCAGUGAAACAUCAAAUUUUGGAAUCAGGGCCCCGGAUCCUUCUAUACACAUUGACCCUUUAUAUGGACUACCCAGUCACACACUCAGUAAUACCUCAGAGGAAAAAAAGAUUGUGAUUUAUUCAAAGCCACCUACCUCAGAUACUAGUGUCUCUGAAUUUCCUACAGGUGAAAGAACCACACCACAUGUGAACAAGCACAGCACAUUACAGCAACCUACAAAUAUGGAUCAUCACUCACGUUUAUCUCCUAAACCUCAGGUAACACCAGAAGCACAACUACAUCAGGGUCAAACAAAUGUACCAUCAGAACUAGAUUCAAAAUGUCUGCCUUCCAAGGCUACAGGUCAACACAGAGCAGAGCAUUUUAUGUUUGGUGAUUUGUCAGGAAAAAGAGGGGGAACUUUGUCUGAAAGCAGAGUUUCUCUUCCUAGUGUUUCAGCAAGCCGUCCACAGUCAAAUCGAACAGCAAAGCAGUCCGACGUAAUUUUAUGUGGCAGCCCUACAACACUGAAUUCCAACAGUUCAAGUUUAAGACAAGAGGAAUGCAUUGGAGGCAAAUCAUGUAACGAACUGAAAACGUCUCAGGAUUGCAAUCAUCCAGACAGCAAGUCACAAGUAAUAGAAACAUUAAAAAAUAAAGAGUCUACCAUCAAACCUGCUUUAAGAAAAACAACAUCAUUCAACGAAUCUCUAGGUAAUAAAAUGUAUCUCAAUAAAGACAGAGUUUCAGGGGAAGACUAUCUUUCUCAAGACAGUGACAGUAACUUUUUUUCAAGUAGCAGUGCAAAUGCCUUGAAAGAUAAAAUUGCUUCGGUCGAUAACAGAAAGACAGCUGUUGGGAGAAAACUUCAGACAGAUGUUUUAAAAGCCAGUAUGAAAGAGAGUCAAAAGAACUCAGCAGAUACCUUAUUAUGUUCCCCCAUUCCCUUAAGCCCGGUGGCAGCAGUAAAUAUUAAUGAUCAACGGACGGCUUUGCUGAGCAGCUUGAAGGAUCUCAACACAGUUCACACUGACAGAUUGUCACCUUCUUUCGCUCUACCUCCUAUUGAGAGUACACAGUUGUUCAACAUAUCCCCUAAAGCCAGUAACAAGACACUUUGUAACAGUGGUAUCCCCAAACCAAUCCUAAUACAUCCUAAAGCUCCCAUUACAAAUGAAGGGGAAGUGGAAAACAACAGUAAAGACAAAAAUGAAGAGGCAAUUGAACCAAAUCUUUUAGUGCCUAAACCCAAGCAAGUGAGGCCGAAAAUCAUUACAUACAUCAGAAGAAACCCUCAAGCAGUAGAUGGGCUCCCUUUUGGACAAAUGAGUAUGCCUUUUGGAGUCCCUUCGUGUACUGUUCCGAUACCAAAAGAACACGAGAUAUUGAGUGGUGACAUUAAAUCUUCCAGUGUGUUGGAUAAAUACAAACCUGACAUACAAAAACCGAGGAUAUUUAGUGCUGGCCUGAUGGUGUCUACAGUACAGCCACCUGGACACCAUUCAUUGGAGGAGGUAAGGGAGGUUCAUGCAAGGAAAGAUGACUACUGUUCCUCCACAUUUCCUCAUUAUGAGGUUCCUCCCAGCUUCUAUAGAUCCACCAUGAUCCUAAAGCCACAGCUUGGUCUGGGUGCUGUUUCCAGACUGCCAUCAACAAGAAGCAGGAUAUUGAUUGCAAGCCAGUGUUCCUCAAGUAGUCACAUAACCCAACAGGAACAAGAGAGAGCUGCCGGCAGUGUUAACAGCUCAGACACUUCAGAGGAUCAAAAAAAAGGUUCCAUGACAAAUGGGGCCAAGUCAAAUCUUCCCAAGCAUUGCCAGUCCGGCCUUCGUCCUCCUGGCUAUUCACGGAUGCCUGGGACCAAGCUAACGGCAUUUGGAUUUGUUAGAAGCUCCAGUGUGUCAUCACUUUCAAGUAAUCAGUCCAACGAGAGCAUCCAAAGUGACCACGGGAGAACACUCAGUUCAGGUACAAGUUUUGCAAAUGAAGAGCAAUCAACUCAAAAGACAGUGUUGCCUUCAAGAGAUGCACCCAAGGGUACCAACAAAACAGCCCUGCAAGUGUGCAGCAGCAGCAUGGCGGUGCCUCGCAGGAGUCUGCUUCCAUCACCGAAAACAAAUGUAUCACCUGCUGGAUCAAAGAAGGAAGCACAGAAAGAACAUGAAGUUAUCAAGCCUGCAGUUUCUUCCCCAAAAAGACAAAUAGUCUCGACUCCCAAACUUCAUUCACCAGGGCAUGCAAAGCUAAGGCCAACCAUCCAAAAGAAUGGAUAUGGUACCAAGGUAGAAGUACAGAUGCGAGAUGCAGAGCGCCAGGGUACGCAGAAGCUCAAAGACAAGUAUGAAGAACAAUCAAAGAAACUUUUUUUUGUCCAGGAAGAACUAAAGAAAGCCAGUUGUGGAUUUGUGGUUUUUGCUGUGACUACUCAGUAUUUCUUCCAGAAGAGUGCCAAAGGCCUUAUGAAAGAAAGAGAGCUAGCAGCUGAGCUUGCGGCAAUCAGAGAGGAAGUUGCCUUAAACCUUUCAAGGUGUGAAAAAUUACAAAAAGAGAAAGAGGAGCUGGAAAUCAAAUUUGAUAAUGAAGUGAGGAAGCUUGAAUGCCAACAACAAGAAGACCUUCAAUCACUAAAGGAUCGUUUACAGUUGCAAUACAUUGAAGAAAUUGAGUGUUUACGGAAGGAACAAAACAUCGAACUUAACCGGAUUCAAUCUCAGCAUCAGGAGCAGAUUGAAUACCUAACUGUAAAUCAAGAGGCCACCCUGUCAGAGCUAAAACAUACUCACACUGCUGUCAUUGAUUCGAUGCAUGAUGACCAUAAGAGACUGGUUCACGAACUGAAAGAAAGUCAUGAAUAUGACCUCAAACUGCUUGAAGACAGCUUUGAAAAACUACGAUUGUCAUUACAGGACCAGGUGGAGACCCUAGCAUGCCAAAAUAAUUCACUAAAAGACAAAGCAAAAUGGUUUGAAGAUGCUUUAAAGAAGAGCACUAAUGAGCAGCUCGAGAUUACAUUAGCACCGUAUCAGCACUUAGAAAAAGAUCUGAACAGCAUGAAAGAAGUGCUAGAAAUGAAGAAUCAGCUCAUUCGUAAACAGGAGAAGAAGAUCAUGGAACUGGAAGUACUGGCUGAAACAAAUAUUAUCUUGGAGGAAAAAAUUCAGGUGCUUCAGCAGCAAAAUGAAGACAUGAAAGCACAAAUUGAUCGGAAUGUUGAAGUGACAAGGCAACUAUCUGCUGAAAAUGCCACUCUGCACGAGAGUGUGGAAAAAGAGAGCAAGGAAAAGAAUAGAUUGAGCAUGACGAAUGAAGAGCUUGUUUGGAAACUUCAGAGUACAGAGUCCAUGAGUCCCACCAAACUGCCUACGUCCCCCAUUAAUCGUUCAACAUCUAGUUCUAUGUCUCCUGCAAAAGUCAGCUCUCCAAUACGACACUAAACUCUCCUGCAGUGCAAUUAAUUUAAUUGAAAAUGUGGAUCUGCUUGUGGUUACGUGUGGCAAUACAUACUCUUACGUGUAUUGGAGACCCAACUGGAUGGAUUACAAAAGGUGCAUCAGAACAACUUAUUUUAUAAGUUAUUUCAGCCAAGGAAAAUUAAAAUAAUAAAAAAAAACUUUUAAUAACUAUUUAUUUAAAAUGGAGAAGCCACAUUAAUAUUUCAGGUUAUCUAGAGUCCAGUUUGCUGGGGAUGUAUAGCUUCAUCAUCACUUUACAGGUUUAUAUGUAUAUAAAGAAAAACAUACACAUCUAUAUAUUAAAGUGUAUCGGUUCUUUUCACUUUUUGGAUAAAUGCUGAAAAGCAGAUUUACAAUCAGCUGUUUUCUAACCUGUGCCUAUGUGUUUUACCUGAAUGGGACAUCUUUCUGUCCAUCCUGUUUCUUCUACAAA